AUGAAGUUGAUAGUCCUAGCAGCACUGUUCGCAGUAGCUACCUCCAAUACAAUUGACAUUAAUUCGUAUGAGGGCAAGAAACUUGUUGUUCCCGAAAACCAAGAUGACUUUCUCGAACGAGUUAGGCAGACAGUGCCCAAGCAACGAAACACAAUAACGGGAAGAAUUUCCAAUGGUAACGCAGCGUCGAAUGGUCAAUUUCCAUGGGUCACUCGCUUGACUAUAGUCGACGAACCGUUCGAUACGUUUACUUGCACCGGAAACAUUAUCAGCAACAAUUUCAUUAUGACUGUUCGACACUGUUUCGAUCCCAUAAUCACCGUAUCAGUUAUAGCUGAAGCUGGAGAUGUUGAUCGCAUGGCAAACAAUCUGGUAACUCGCUUUUCAGAGUUCUGGUGGUUUGCGCCAGUAAUUCAGCCAGGAAACUUUAAUCCUGAUCUUGCAGUUCUUCGUAUGUCGGCUGGUUUCACAUUCGAUGGUAGAAUUAACGCGAUUCGUCUUCCUGCACGAUCUCAAGAAAAUUUUGAAUGGCCAGCACAGCCAAUGAGAAUUGUCGGUUGGGGACGAGACGCUACAGGUAGUAUGCCAAGAUUCUUGCAAUAUGGAAACUUUAGAAUGCAAACGAAUUGUUGGUCGCAACGUCGACAAACACAUUUGUGUAGUGUGGCUGAAAAUAUUAUGGUCGAAACCAGAGGUGGAGACUCAGGUGGCCCAUGGGUCGUUGUCGAAAGCGGAGUGCCAACAUUGGUUGCUAUACAUGAAGGCUCAACCGGAUCUCAAACGUUAUGGUGGUUCCGUGGCUUGAGAGUCACAAGCUUUUUAAACUUUAUUAACAGUGUUACCGGGAUUCCGAUUCGAGCGUAAUUAUCAAAGAAAAAAAAAUUACUUCGUCUGGUUGUGUUGCUUGACCUUUACUAUAAAUAAAAUCACUUGGUUACGAUACAAAUUUUUAUUCCGUGCAUUCGGUCUAGCAGAC